AUGCGCCAGGUCUACGACAAAUUCGGCCUCGAAGCCACCACUCGUGACUUCGUCGGCCACAGCAUGGCCCUCUAUACCACGGACGAGUACAUCGAGCAACGGGGCGCUGCCAAAGAAGCUGUGGAGCGAAUCAGACUCUACGUGAACAGCAUGGCCCGCUACGGCAAAUCACCCUACAUCUACCCGCUCUAUGGUCUAGGCGAGCUCCCACAAGGCUUCGCCCGCCUCUCAGCCAUCUACGGCGGCACAUACAUGCUCAAUACCAACGUUGACGAAGUCAAAUAUGACAGCAGUGGCAAAGUCGCUGGCAUUCGAGCGACCAUGAAAGAGCGAGGUGAAGAAGGUGAAGGCAUGAAGUUCGAGACCAAGUGCAGCAAGAUCCUUGCCGACCCAUCAUACUUCCCGGACAAAGCUCAAGUGGUGGGACAUAUCUUGAAAGCAAUCUGUAUUCUCAACCACCCCAUCGCCAGCACAGACAACUCCGACUCUCUGCAACUCAUCAUCCCGCAAUCACAAGUCGGGCGCAAGAAUGACAUCUACAUCGCCUGCGUCAGCUCCGCGCAUAACGUAUGUCCGAAAGGCUACUACAUCGCCAUCGUCAGCACCAUCGCAGAGACUUCUGCGAAUCACCACUUGGAGCUCCAGCCUGGAUUGGAGAGGCUCGGUAAGAUCGAAGAGAAGUUCAUGGGCGCCCCUAUCCCAGUGUAUGCACCGAAAGCCGACGGCAAGGCGGACAAUGUGUUCAUCAGCAAGAGUUACGAUGCCAGCUCGCAUUUUGAGACGAUGACGGAUGAUGUACGGGAUAUUUAUGCUCGAGCAGAGGGCCAAGAAUUGAAGGUGGAAGGAUUGAAAGAAGGGCAGAACCUUGUCGCGGAGGAGUAG